AUGAGAUCAUUAGUUACAUUCAACCAGAAGAUCAUGCGGCGGUGUAAGAAACUCCUUAUCAGAAUCACCAGGAGCUGUCCCAGACGCCAUUACCGUCAUUUGAAACUUCAAAAGGCUUCUUCUCCUACAUCAUCAUCAUCAUCAUCAUCAUCAUCGGGGAAGCAAGUCAACAGAGUGUUGGCUUCAUUCUUCCUCUCUUUCCAAAAGAAGAAGCAGAAGAAGGAGAAGAUGAAGCGGCUCAACGAACUCAGGAGUUUCUCUGAUUCCGUCAGUGAAACAAAGGUCUCAAAUACGGAAUCAAGAAAGAAGGUCUUCCCAUCUAGUCUCACGCCGUCUUGCCAUGGUCAAGGUAAGGCUCAUUCACAAAAAGUCUCACAAGAUCAUGAUGCACCAAGAAACAGCACGAGCUCAUUCCUUCCAUGA